AUGCGGCACGCUCCGCAAAGGGAGUGGCUGGCCGGUUGGCGCUUUGCACUUGGGGUGUUGGUCCUCCUGCUUGUGCCCCCAUCGGCAGAAGCGCAAGUCGUCCAAAUCGGGUCCAACUACUGGACCAAGGUUCCGGGCACGGACUACGCGGGGCACGACCUGCUAAGCAACACCGGGCAGUGCUGGGGGGGGGGGUACCAGUCCUCCACCCCGUCACAGUGCGCGGCCGUGUGCCUCUCGUACCCGAACUGCGCGGGAUUCGAAGUGACGACGGACUGGGAAAAGUGCUGCUACGCCAAGUACCAAAUGACCGGGGCCGGGUCUGGGAAUGUGGACUCGUACAUUCUUAUUCAGACCCACCCCCUCCUAACCCAACCCUUCCAAACCUGCCACCUCACCCGCCCCCCGUUCGAGCCCCCACCCAACCUGCCGCCUCCAGACUCGCCGCCCCCCCCCUUCCGAGCCCGCCCCCACCAGCCGCCCCCUCCGGUACCUCCACCAGCUGCGACGCUUCUGACCUUUGAGACGAGUGCCAUACUCUUCCCGAACUUCAGCCCGUCUGGAACCCUGUACUCCAUUUUCGUGGCGAAGGACGUGCAAGCGAUUACCGUCACGGCAGUUUCUGCCGACCCCGGAGCCACCAUUUCCGUCGCCUUGCCUUCCGGCGGAACCCCGGCUUUGACCAGUGGGGUGACAUCCGAUCCGUUCGCUGCGACUUCCGGCGGAAUCUUGGCCCUCACAGUCACGGCCUCCAACGGCGCUUCUACCAGGGUCUACUUUUUCCGGACGGCCAUUCUCCAAGGGACCGACGCGUCGCUGCAGAUCCUCUUCCUCACGCCCGGCCUUGUCUCCCCCCCAUUCACACCAAACUCCCUCAACUACUCUGCGACUUUCGCUUCCGGGGGGGGCGUAGCGACUCUGUUCGCAGCCACAAACGACACGGCUGCGUUGGUGUCAAUCGGCGCCGGAAAAGCUGCCGUCGGGAAGAUCAGCCAGACCGUUCCGGUUCCGUUCGGCCGCUCCGUUCUGCAGAUCACGGUGACGUCAGAGAGCCUGUCCUACACGACGGUGUAUUACGUCAGCAUGCAGGCGCCGCUGGCGCCGCCCCCCCCACCACAGCCGCCCGUCUCUGCCCCCCUUCCCUCGAGCUCAACACUUAUCUCCCCCCCACUACCAGCCCUGUCUUCACCCCCCCGGCUCGUUCCCACUGUCGGAAUCGUCUCCGGUCCGCCCCCCUCAACGAGGGAUCCGUCCGCGGAGUUCCGCUUCUACGCGAGGGACGGAAUGGGAGGUAACUGCUCCGGUUGCACCUUCCACUGCACUGUGGAUGGCCAGACACAGCCAGCAUGCGCAAAUCCGGGUUCGCCGAUCUUUAACCAGGUCCUUAACCUUCUAAGCUACUCGGUAAACGUGUCCGCUCCCGGGGAGGGGCCCCACACUUUUUCCGUUGACGCGUUCGACCCGCUCGGUUUAAGCAGCGCCCCCACGAGUUACACAUGGGUUAUUGACUCAACCCCGCCCGUAACCCGCGUGACCAGCAACGCCCCAACGGAUCGGCUAACGAGUCUGCAAAACGUCCAGUUCAACGUCACUGUCCGAGACCAGUCGUCGGACGGGUCUACGUCGUUGGUUUGUCCUGCGUGCACCGUCCAAUGUAGCAUCGACGGCGGAGCGUUUGCCACGUGUCAUCAGGGCCAGCCCAUGAGGUACUUUCUGCAGCCGGGGCAGCAUGUUUUUGCGGCGCGAAGUAUUGACGCGGCCGGGAACGAAGAGGCGGUGCCGGUUGAACGGUUUGUCGUGGUAGACCUGACUCCUCCCAAGGCGCAACUAACGCUCGCGCCCGCGCCCAUUACCGGCACCAGCACCGCGCGCUUCCAGUUCGCCGCGACCAUCGCGGGGUCCGCCGUCCGAUGCGUCACGUGUACCUUUCUGUGCCGGUUGGAUCAGGCCACGUGGCAGUCCUGCUCACAAGGAAGUGGAAUUGCGAGCGGCACGGUUUACAGGAACGUCUCCAACGGCGCUCACACCUUCUCGGUACAAACCACCGACCCCGACGGGGUCCUGACUUCCAGUCUGUCCUAUAACUGGACCGCUGACCUGGUUGGCCCAACCGUGGGCAUCUUCUAUUAUCCACCCGCCUCGACCGCACUUUCGAACGCAAUCUUCUCGUUUGGUGCGAUCGUUCCGGGCACCAACUCUUCCGGUUCCGCCGGGCAGCCCGUUCCGUGCCCCGGGUGCCUUUUCUCCUGCGCUCUCGACGGAGCCACCCCCCGGUUAUGCGACCCGAGCAGCCGCGUGACGUUGGCAAACCUAUACGAGGGCAUGCACACUUUCUCGGUGCAAGCUGACGACAUCUUCGGCAACGUGGGCGCCCCCGCAGUUUACAGGUGGCAGGUCAACUUCAGCCUGCCGCUCGCGAGCGUCAUCUCGGGGCCGCCGCUUUUCGCGGCAACCAAUAAGACGUCCGCUGAGGUCACGUUCACGGGAACGCUACGGAACGUUCCUUGCGUCGGGUGCACUUACCAGUGCCAGCUCAACAGCGGGCCGUUCGUGGGGUGUAACGCAGCAACGCCGCUGAAGCUCUUGGCGUUACAGCAGGGGACGCACAGCUUGGUGGUGCGCGUCACGGACGUCCAGGGCGCGUCGACUCUGUCUGUGCCAUACGAAUGGGUUGUUGACACGAUUUCGCCCACGGUAUCCAUUCAGUCCGGCCCCUCUUUCAUUACCGGCACGUCGACCGCCCAGUUCUCCUUCUCAGCGAACGACACGGUCAACGGCGUCCAGACCACCUGCGGACAGUGCGCGUACGAAUGCGCCCUGGAUUCGGACCCCUUCCAGCCCUGCAUCAACCCGGUCAUCUUUACAAACCUCGGGUUAGCGGACUCGGUCACUGCCCACGUCAUAAUCGUGGUUUCCGUGGACGCGGCCGGCAACCGCGCGCUGACCCCAGCAGUGUUCCGCUGGACGGUGGACCAGCGCGCUCCCGUCGUUUUCGUCGUCAGCAAACCCGCCGGAAACGCGCCCAGCGGAGCGGUCGCCUUUUCCGCGCGCGCCAACGCGGCAUCUGCGGACUGUAACGGCUGCAACGCGUACUGCUCGCUGGACGGCUUGGCCCCCUACCCCUGCGGUGACGUCAGCAAUUCUAGCCGGGCCGAGGCCGUGUUUACGAACCUGAAAGUGGGGCCGCACGCGGCGACCGUUCGCUUCAUAAACGCUGUCGGAGUCGCCGCCGCUUUGGCCUUCUCUUGGACCGCCGACUUUACGGGCGCUUAUGUUAAGCUCUCCGUGCCCGACUCACCCGUCCGGCGGAAUCCGUUUCCGGUUACUGUCUCAUUCAGCAAGCCUUGCUGGGGAGGCAACGGCUUCACCUGCGUCAGCGUAACGUCAUGCGAGGUGAUCGUCGCCGGCGCGGCAGUGCCUGACCCGGACAGCUUCUUCACUUUGGAUCCGCAGCAGUAUACCAUCGAGGUCACACCCAUAGGCGAUGGGCCGAUCGGCAUAAGCGUUCCCCCUGGGGUCUGCCUAGACGCAGCGGGAAACCCGAACUUUCCAGCGGAAGCGUCCGUUGUUUUUCAAGCCAAACCCCCGGAGGCGGCGCUAGUUCCAGCCGGCGCCUUGACGCCCGUCACCGUGACAUCAGCCGCUGCCGUCAGCAGCAAAGCUGCAUGGGCCACGAACUCUUCGCCAAUUCUGUUCACGGUCACUUUUAGCCGCGAAGUAACCGGGUUCGAUUUGAGCGGAAUUUCAGUGACCGGCGGCAAAGCUGAACAUCUCCUCGACGCGAGUCGCUCGACCAGCGCGGCCGCGCGCGCGUCGCCUAGCGGCUCAAACUCCCCGAAUGACGUCAGCAACCUGUCCUCCUUGAUACGCAUUGACGGUGCUGGGGACAGCGCCUCGAGUACCGCGUUCUCAUUUCGCGUCGUUCCGUUCGGGCGGAACGGAACGGUAUCUGUCCGGAUACUGCACGGAAGCUGUGCCGACAGUCUGGGCAGCCCAAACAGCGGUUCGGACGCUUUUGAGUUUGUGUUCGAUGAUAUGCGUCCUACGGUCUCCAUGACGCCACGUGGCAGCCCCAGCGAUAUCUUCUACGGCCUCGAGUCAGACAGUGCAUACUUGGUCGUAAUCCGGUUCAGUGAACCCGUUUUCGUGUUUGCGAACCGAACGGGGACUCUCGCUUUGUCGGAGUUUGGGAC